AUGAGGCAACAAGUGAGAGAAGUCAACGCAGCUGUAGCCACUGCAGAAAGCUUGGAUGACUUUGCUGGCAAUGAGUUUAGAAGGAAGCUUAGUUCCUCAAUCGACCAAGAUAGUCACUCAAAUAAGUGGACCAAGGCAAUAAGCGGGGGAGUGGACCAAAAGUGUCCUCGUAAAAAGGCCUUGAAUGUACUGAGGGUGAUCCAAGGAGAUGAGGAUGAUGCGGGAGAAGGGGAACCUAGUGCUGAAAUCGAAGAUCCACACAAAAAUAGAGGCCUUGGUGGAUACAGAAGAGCUACUUACAACUUUAUGGCAGAUACUUUAGCCAUAAGGUUGAAGUUGAUGGUGCAGAAAACUAUUGGGAAGGUGAAGACGGUCAACUCCAAGGCUCUGGACAUAGGGGGAAUGGCGGUCGGUGUAUCGUGUCAGCUGGGCAUAUGGAAGGGAAUAAUGGAUUUCACAGUAACUCCACUUGAUGACUUCAAAGUGGUAAUAAUUACUAUUACUUGUGUAUUAUAUAUAAUUUUUCCCCCGUGUUUCUCCUGGCAUCCUUCUCAUUUCUUCUUGUUGUUGACCAAGGUAAACCAAAUGGAUGCCUUUUCUUCCUCUUUCCUUUCUACUGUAAAACCUUCAAAGUUCUUUCUCACCCCUAAGAUCUCCAUCGCUAAUUCAUUUCCAUUUCCUCAUUUCAAUGUAUCAUCUGCUAGAAUUGAAGAAAAAUCCCAACCCACAACUACAGGACGAACCACCACCAAAACACAACCAAAAACUACUCCCCCAUUAUCUUCUUCGCCCUCCUCUUCACCUGUAACAACUACUAGGCCGCCGUCAUCGUCACGGCCACUUCCUUCAGCAGCAGCUGUGGCAAAGAGAGGAGUGGAACCCACCCUUCCCACUAAGGUAUUCAGUGCUUUGGAUGACUUAAUCAACAUCUUCAUAGAUCCUCCAAUCCGGUCAUCAGUGGAUCCUAGAUACACUCUUUCUAACAACUUUGCUCCAGUUGAUGAGCUUCCCCCAACUGAGUGCGAGGUGAUUGAGGGAUCCCUUCCUUCUUGCCUUGAUGGGGCUUACAUUCGCAAUGGUCCGAACCCACAGUAUUUGCCUCGAGGACCUUACCACCUAUUCGAUGGAGAUGGCAUGCUUCACUCCAUCAGAAUCACUCAAGGAAAGGCCACUCUCUGCAGCCGCUAUGUUAAGACCUAUAAAUAUACUAUGGAGCGUGAUGCUGGUGCUCCUCUUCUUCCGAAUGUCUUCUCUGGAUUCAAUGGUCUGGCUGCCUCUGCAGCUCGUGGUGCUCUUUCUGCUGCUCGAAUUCUUUCUGGUCAAUUCAAUCCUGCAAAUGGCAUUGGUCUAGCAAACACAAGCUUGGCUUUCUUUGGCAAUAAACUCUAUGCACUUGGUGAGUCUGAUCUACCUUACGCUGUGCGUUUAACAUCAAAUGGAGAUAUUGAGACUCUAGGUCGCGAUGAUUUUGAUGGAAAAUUGUUCUUAAGCAUGACUGCUCACCCCAAGAUAGAUUUUCAGACAGGUGAAACCUUUGCUUUCCGAUAUGGUCCUGUUCCUCCAUUCUUAACAUACUUUCGGUUAGAUUCAAAUGGAAAUAAACAGCCAGAUGUGCCUAUAUUUUCCAUGGUGAAUCCAUCUUUCAUUCAUGACUUUGCUAUCAGCAAGAAGUAUGCUAUAUUUGUAGACAUUCAGAUUGGGAUGAACCCCAUGGAAAUGAUCUUCGGGGGAGGCUCUCCAGUGGGUUCAAACCCAGCAAAAGUAUCAAGAAUAGGAGUCAUCCCUCGAUAUGCAACCGAUGAAACAGAAAUGAGAUGGUUUGAUGUGCCUGGAUUCAACGUAAUACACGCAAUCAAUGCAUGGGACGAAGAAGACGCCGUAGUGAUUUUGGCACCCAACAUUUUGUCAGUUGAACAUACUCUUGAGAGAAUGGAACUUGUCCAUGCCUUGGUGGAAAAGGUGAGAAUAGACUUGAAAACAGGCAUAGUUACAAGAAACCCAAUUUCAGCUAGAAAUCUAGAUUUUGGGGUGAUAAAUCCUGAAUAUGUUGGGAAAAAGAACAGAUUCAUAUAUGCAGCCAUAGGUGAUCCAAUGCCAAAAAUUUCUGGAGUGGUGAAACUGGAUGUGUCAAAAGGAGGACGCCAGGAGUGCACGGUGGCUAGGAGGGUGUUUGGGCCAAGGUGUUACGGUGGAGAGCCAUUCUUUGUGGCGAGACAGCCUGAAAAUCCAGAAGCAGAAGAGGAUGAUGGGUAUGUGGUGUCAUAUGUUCAUGAUGAGAUUGCUGGAGAAUCCAAGUUCUUGGUGAUGGAUGCAAAGUCACCAAACCUUGACAUCGUGGCUGCCGUCAAGCUGCCCCGGCGAGUUCCUUAUGGCUUCCAUGGACUUUUUGUGAGGGACAGUGACCUGAAAAAGCUGUAGGCUGUAGCUACCAAUCAUAGGAGUGAGAGUGGAUUUUACUUGCCUGACGAAAUUCAUUUCAUGAGGUGGUGAAACUAUAGGUUAAAUUUAUUAUACACGUAAAAAAUUAGUAAAUACAUAUAUGGAUAACAACAAUACUGGAAUUUUACUUUUAUAAAAACAGUUAGUUUUAUAUUAUUUCA